AUGGCAGUGGUGGUGAUGGCAAUGAUGGUGGCGAUGGUGGUUUGUGGGGGAUGUAGUGGUGGAGGAGGUGGCGGUGGCGGUGGAGGUGGCGGUGGCGAUGGCUGUGGCAAUUAUGGGGAUGAUGUUGGCAGUGGCUGUGGUGGUGGAGACGGUGGGGCUGAUAGUGGGGGUGGUGGAGGUGGGGCUAAGGGUGGUGGCGAGGUGAUGGAGGUGGCAGUGAUGGUACUAGUAUUGGCGGGUGGUGGUGGAGGUGGCAAUGUUAGUGGCGGUAGCAGUGGCGGCGAUUAUGGUGAUAGUCAUGAUAAAAUGAACCAUGUCAGCUCGCAGAGAAAGAACAAGAGGUCGCGGUCUGAGAUAGGGGCCGAAUCCGCCACCUCCAUCUCUGUCACAACCUCCUUCACCACCAGUGCCUUCGCCUCCACCAUCUUCACCUGCCGGAGAUAA